CUGUUCGGCUGGGAUUGGUGGCGGUCGCCCCUGGGCCGCGCUCCCCCCGCCAUGGCGUCAGGCGCCGCGGCCCCGGAGGUGGCUCCCACUUGAAGGAGUGAAGUUUUGGCUCCGCCCGCUCGGCUCGGCUCCGCUCUGCUCCGCUCGCCUCCUGCUCCCGCGCCCCGAGCGCCCCGAGCGGCCCGGCGGAGGCGGCGGCGGCGGGCGGAUGGCGCUGCGGCGCGGCGGUGGCGCGGGGAGCCCAGCCGCGGGGCUGCGUAUGGACACGGACGCCCGCGAAGGCGGCUCCGGCCCCGGCCCCGGCCCGGGCGGAGGUAGUGGCGGCGGCGGCGGCGGCGGCGGCGGCGGCGGCGGCGGCAGCAAAGACGCGGGCGCCGAGGACUACGAGAACCUGCCCACCAGCGCCUCCCUCUCCACGCACAUGACAGCUGGGGCUAUGGCCGGGAUCCUGGAGCACUCAGUCAUGUACCCCGUGGACUGCGUGAAGACCAGAAUGCAGAGCCUGCAUCCAGAUCCCAAAGCCCGCUACACCAGCGUCUAUGGCGCCCUCAAGCAAAUCAUCCGCACGGAAGGCUUCUGGAGACCCCUACGGGGCAUCAACGUGAUGGUGAUGGGGGCAGGGCCGGCCCACGCCAUGUAUUUUGCCUGCUAUGAAAACAUGAAAAGGAUUUUAAAUGAGGUCCUCCACCGCAGAGGAAACAGCCAUCUGGCCAAUGGGAUAGCGGGGAGUAUGGCCACCCUGCUCCAUGAUGCCGUAAUGAAUCCAGCUGAAGUGGUGAAGCAGCGCAUGCAGAUGUACAACUCCCCUCACCAUUCCGCUCGCCGUUGCAUCCGGGCCGUAUGGAGGACCGAGGGGGUGGGCGCCUUCUACCGGAGCUACACUACCCAGCUCACCAUGAACAUUCCCUUCCAAGCCAUUCAUUUUAUCACCUACGAGUUCCUUCAGGAACAGGUCAACCCUCACCGGGGCUACAAUCCCCAGUCCCACAUCCUCGCUGGGGGGCUGGCUGGGGCCAUAGCUGCAGCUGCCACUACCCCUUUGGAUGUCUGUAAGACCCUCCUCAACACUCAGGAAAACAUGGCUCUCUCCUUGGCCAAUGUCAGUGGACAUCUCUCUGGUAUGGCCAAUGCCUUCCGGACAGUGUACCAGCUCAGUGGUAUUUCUGGGUACUUUAAAGGUGUCCAGGCACGGGUAAUCUACCAGAUGCCAUCAACAGCCAUCUCCUGGUCAGUCUAUGAGUUUUUCAAGUACUUCCUUACAAAGCACCAAAUGGAGAAUAGAACUUUGUACUAAAAGACAGACCGUGGGGAACAAUUCCAACAUCUCUUAUUUAAAAAGGAAAGAAAGAAAGGAUUCCCCUUCCCAUUUCCAACCCCUUUUCCUCCUGCCCCCACACCAAGUUUUACAAGCUUCAAGUUUCCUGAAGCACCAAUGUGAUUCUUGCAGGGUAUGUGCCACUGACCAGCUCCUCCCUGAUGCCUUGAAAGAGGGGUUGGGCACGCUGACCAAACACCAGAGCAUGGAUCCAAAAUGGCGGCACUGGAGGUUGGGGAAAGAUUUGAUCAAAGAAAGAUUGAUACGUUCCCCCUCCCCCUUCCUGCCUUUUCCCUCCCCUGCCAGAAGAAUGAAUGUGAUUUUUCUUCUUCCCUGGAAAUCCUAGAAUGCACAGACAGGGUCAGGGAAACGGGGGGCCUGGAGAGGAGGGGAGUUUUCACCUCAGAGACUUAAGAUGUUCAAGACAAAUUAAAUAUGAUAUGUAUAUACAAGUUCCAUUACGCAAUAUAAAAAUAGAUGGAUAAUGUUUAUCCUUUAUUUUUCUAUGUAGAAGUUGAAUUUGUGUGUGUAUGUGUGUGUGUGUGUGAGAGUGUACAAAUAGUAUUACAGCUGGGAUUUUAAAGCUUUUAGAAAAAAAGAAAAAGGAAAAAAGGGCUCAAUUUCUCCCAUCGUGAUAGAUGAUAAAACACCAAAGCAUCUUUGCCCACGGGUGGCCUAAAAGCCUAGUUAGCCUCUCUCCCUGCCCCCAGGGAAGUUUCACAUGAAUGUAUGUAAUAAAUGUGUUUAUACUUUUGAGCGUUUUUUUUUUAAUGGGAAAAAGGUACAUUUAAAGAAAACUCUAACCAAGAAGAAAAAAAAUGACCUCUUUGUAAUUUCUUAGUAUACAUAUGGGAUGUUAGAGGCUAUUUAAGCUGUCUCCCUACUUUUACAAAUAAGGAAACCGAGGCUUGUCAGGGGUGAGGUUACUUUCGCAAUAGACUGUGACUGCCUUUUUGUCUUGAAUGAAUCUUCUCUUAUUUCCAAGCCCUUAAAAGGCAAGUUCUCCCAGGACUCUGCUAGAGGUUGAGAGUCCUAUGGCCUUUGAGGCCCUUCCCCUAAGGAAGUUCCAUAGCCACGUCAGCCCCUGCUACCCUCUUGAGCUGAAGUUGGCAGAGGCUUAGAGCAUGCUGGUGUGUAGACUCUGGACCUAUUUGUGAGUGUGUAUGUGCGUGUGCUUGUGUAUUCUGAAGUUUCACAAAAGGUUUCUGUCUGACUGUGGCACUCCAAGACCCUUUUCCUGUGUCUGGAUGGAGACUUGUCAUCUUCAGUGGCUAAGGUGAAUUGUUUACAGGACAGACGUGCAGCUAGCACACUUGGGCAGACGUAGCAGGCCCCCGAGCUUGGUUUUCCCAUGAUCCUCCACUUUCAGAUCAGUUUCUCUCUGACGUUACUUGAGGCCUUGGCCCUUUUCCCACCUGAGAGAAGGGAUGGAGACGAGGAAGAAGGACCUUGCUAAAGCCCAUCUUCUCUAUUCCAUGCACUGUAGGAGGUGUCAAAAAAGGGAGGAAGGGGCAUUUGGCUUCAUCAGUGAUGAGGAAGAGUCCGAGUUGCAGACAAGAUCAAGACCAUUGGGAUUUUUGUUGUAGCUUGUAUUUUUCUGUUCAUUUUAGCAUUCAGAGAGAUUCUGUCUGGUUUAAACAGAGGCUCCUGGGAGUUUCUUGUAGUGUGUCUACACUACACUACAAAAACCAGACCUGCUUUUUCCAACCCAUCACUAACUGCCAGGCCCAAGGUCAGAGAAAAGACUUCAUUAGCUGAAUUCUUUCCUUGACUAUGUAGCCAUCCUUGCCCAAAUGCCUGUCUUUAGAUCUCAGCCAAUGGACUUUUCUUUUGGCGGUGAUGCUGAGAGGGCCCUAGAGAUGGCCAAUAGCCACCCACACUGGGCCUAAGGCCCUCGUUGAGUGUUUGGACCUGGGGAUCGAGUUCUAGGGAAGUGUUGAGACAGUGCCGUGGUCCAGGGGACACGUGGAAGUGUGGAGGGACCCAGCAAGGCUUGGAGACCUUUAUUUGGUGAUCUCUAGGGGGUUUCCCUCUGAAUCUGAACUGUUAGAAGGUCAGUCUUGAAUUCAUUGUUCCUGAAGGUGGCAGUGCCAAGUUUUGGCUUCUUAGGGAGAAGGUGCCCUUGCCCAGACAGCCAGGUCACAGCUCUUGGGGGCUGGGGACAGGGGAUUGUGCCAGGCACACUUUGGACCAGGUUGAGGGUUAGGGGAGAAUGGGAUGUGCUGCCCAAUCUAGAGCCAGGAUUUAUUUUCUAAAAUAGCUUCUCAUUCAUCUUUUCCCUCCAUCUUCCUCUAGCCUCCUGACUACUUCAUAUUCCUCCUAGAACUUUUCCUCCAAAUGGUAUUUAAAACUGGAAUGCCUACUUGUCUAGGAGAGACUUUCUGUUAGGGAACGGACCUUUUGGUCUCCUUUUAAGACUGUCGGAGGCUGGGUUUGCCCUCACUCAGCUUGAUUCAAGAGGCAUCUAAGUGCCUACUACGUGCUGGGUGCCAUGCUAGGCUCAGGCUACCAAGACAAAAAUGAAAUUAUGCCCACCCCUGGGUCUCUACGGCAAUCCCUUGGCCUUGAAGAGCACACUAGGGCCCCAGGCUUAUCCCUGAAAAAGUUUUGUAUUGGUCCUGCGCCUUUGUGUCUGGAGGCCGCCUACUUUGCAGGAACCAUUAGGUUAAGGUUCUGCCUUCCUAAAAUCGAUUGUGAUGGCUGGGGCAGAUCUUCAGAACUUGACUCUUCUCACCCUCCCGUCUUCAUUUCUGGGUCAAAUUGGCCGGGUUUCCUGAUGCUCUGUCCUUUUUAUUGAACCUCUCGAGAAGCCACCAAGGGCCAGCUCUGGCCUCUCCCAACACACCCGUCCUGCCUGGGACCAUUGGAUCUGACCGGGGUCUGGGGGAGGAGGGCCGCCUGGGUUCUCCCCUGUGAAAUCCAAAUGUGUUUGCUGCUUGGCUUCUGCAAGAACGCACAGUGUGUUGUUUUUCUUUUUUUAAAGGGAGCAAAAGAGUGUUAUUUAAAAAACAAAAACCUUGUGAUGGCUGCCUUGUAGUUUGUAUCCGAUUCUGUUUCUCCCUCUUUUCCAGUUGUUCGCCGGCUGUUUGAAGAAGGAAUGGGGUGGGCUGGGGCUGGGGGUGGGGGGACGCGUGUGCAUUGGUGUGCCGGGUGUUUGCUUCCCAAUAUGCUGCUACAGUUGUAACACUGGAGCUGGAGGAAAAAAAAUAAAGUGUUCAUCUGUCUA